UCAGACCUCGCGGCUGCUCUGCGCCGCAUCGACGGCCGUGGCUACAAAGCAUACAAGGACAUCGAGGGGCGGUGGCAGAUGGGGGCGCAGCAGGGAGGCUACGUGCUGUGUGUGGACUGGGUGCAGGGAGACCCCUUUGCCAGCCCCAGCAGAUGCAGGGUUGUGGUCCCAGCCGGCACCGCGGCGCUGCCUCCGCAGCUCAUCAGCAGCCGCACCCGCCGCACCGCCGUCUGCGACUUUCUUACCAGAAGCUUUGGGGCAGCGGUGGCCGCCUCGGGCCAGCAUGUGCUGGAGCGCACGUCGGUCCUGAUCCAUGCAGAUGGCUCGGUGGAGGCGAGGUUCACAGUGGCACUGCCCGCUCGGGGGCGCACAGUGCUGGGUCAGUGGGCCUCCUCCAUCCUCCUGCAGAACCUGCCGCUGUAUGUGCACUCGGGCCUGCUGUAUGCCCAGCAGGACCGGCGCGCCCUGCAGGCGCACGUGGAGUGUGUGGAGGACACGCAGGCGCUGCGGGACCAGCUGCCGGCGCUGGGGCUGGUGGCGUUUGUGGGCGACGGCGCCAUCCUGCCCAGGAAGAGCGGCGCCUGCGACGAGCCCAUGCCUGCCGGCGAAGCUGUCCCCUUCCGCUCCCCAGACGCACUGGCAGCCACGGUGCAGCUGCCCAACCGUGGCGCCGUGCGGGGGCUGGGCAUCAGGCGCGCCAGGCUGCUGGGCUGCCUAACGCUCAUUGUGGGUGGCGGCUUCCAUGGCAAGUCCACGCUGCUGGAGGCGAUCGAAGCGGGGGUGUAUAACAAGGCAGGUGGCGAGGUGGCGGGCGACGGGCGGGAGCUGGUGGCCACCGACCCCACCGCUGUCAAGAUCCGGGCAGAGGAUGGCAGGCGUGUGGAGGCAGUCAACAUCUCGCCUUUCCUCUCCAAUCUGCCCUUUGGCAAGGACACCACCUGCUUCCAGACGCCAGACGCCUCGGGCAGCACCUCCCAGGCACGCUCGGCCAACAUCCAGGAGGCGCUGGAGGCGGGGGCGGCCACGCUGCUGGUGGACGAGGACACCACCGCCACCAACUUCAUGGUGCGAGACGCACGCAUGCUAGAGCUGGUGAGCGGCGAGCGCGAGCCCAUCACGCCCUUCAUCGUCAAGCUGCCCGCGCUGGCGGCGCGCGCCGUCUCCUGCAUCCUCGUCAUCGGCGGCAGCGGCCAGUACUUUGAUGUGGCCGACACAGUGAUAUGCAUGGACGCGUACGUUCCCUCCGAUGUGACGGCGGCGGCG